GAGUGUAGGACCGUUUAUUUCAAAAACCCUUUAACUUCCUCUCCAUAUUUUGGGAACAGACUGGUUCAUCUAACUUUCUUCGAAUAAUACUGCAUUUGCGUUUGUUUACUCUCUACACCACACCACACCACACCAUACCAUACCAUACCAUACCAUACCAUCCAUAACUACUCCGAAACUCGUGUCGUGUUGCGUGUUACUGUGGCUUCUUCUUCUUAAUCAAUCAUCCUCUUGAACAGUACAAGUACCAGAGUACGGCAGAUGUAAUAGCUGGCCCUCAAUGCCUUAUUCGAUUCACCACUUGACCAGCUGAGAUUCAAUACUCACACAAUCCAGUGCCUCCUUUUCCCAUCUUAAAUUUCUGGAGGACGCAAUUGGAUAUCGUUCCUUCCACAUAUUCGGCAGAUCACUGCAACCAGUAAGUGCCAAUUACUUCAUCCUGGAGCUCAUCCGGUAGCUCUUUCCGCCUGAACUAUAUUGAUUUAACUUUCCAAGUACAAGUUCAAGAGCCACCGGCUCUAUAAAACCUGCCAACAUGUCUAAUAUCAAAAACCUUCGUGCGAUGUUCGAGCAGAGCAACAAGGAAGCAUCAGUAUCACCACCCGAAAGAGGACGUUCUUCGGGGGAUGCAAUAUGUUAGUGUUUUGUCCUACAUCGGGGGCUUAUGUAUUAAUUCUCUUUUAGUGUUUUCACCAGGAACUAGCACAACACCCCCAAGGCCACUAUCGAAAGUCAGAACGAAUUUUGUGACUGUUGAACGAAGCGCACAACAAGCUGGCCAGGCAAUACAACUUGGCCUCAAGCGACAAGAUAGCAGUAGUGAAUCCAACCCGGCGAGCGGUGGCAGUAUGGCAAAACGGAGGACGAGUUUUAGUUUGGAUGAACAAAGUAAUCCCCAAGCAACUGCAGAGAGAAAAGAGUCAAUUUCACAAGAGUUCGAGGCAAGAAAGGCUAGUACCAUGGUUGAUGAAACCAUUCCCGAGUCUGCCUUGGCAGAAACUCCUGCUCUUGAAGUCAACAAACAAAUCGGGGAUCCGGAGCCAAUCAAGGGACCACUACCUGAACGUGGUCGAGAAUUGGCAAAGCCAGCAGAGAUUAAGGAAAAUCCAAAGAAAUCCGAGGAAGCGUCAAAAUUAUCGGAUACAAGCAGUCCUGCAGUCGGAUCAGGCAAAAGCCCGACAUCAAGAGCAGUCACUGCGACCAAAGACCACGUAAAGGCUUCAGAUAAAGCUACAAAGACAAAGCCUGCCACGCGACCUGCACCUAUAUCUACAGGAAAAUCAUCCACAAAUCCAAAACCCUCCCCAAGAACGACAUCCCCCACCAAAUCUUCGAAGCCAGUUCCAAAGACUCCAACAACACCCACGGCAAGCUCUCCAAAGGAUGGAAAGCUCCAGAAGAUCAAAACGCCAGAGAAGAAAGCUUCUCUUCCAGCCAAGACACCCGAGAAGAAACCGGGCAAGAAGACCAGCAGCAACUCACUAGCCGCCUCAAAUGGCACACGAGCUUCAAGUAAGCCAAGGUCUGCCAGUCGACCAGCUGUCAAGACCAGGGCCCCACCAUCGCCACCACAAAGUGGAGCCAGCAAGACCAAAGCCAAGUCACCUACAAGACCAGCGCAGCUUCCAGCUUCUCUCCUAGCCCCAACAGCUUCUACGGGCUCGAAAGGCUCUACCUCGACACCUCCUGUCCGACAAACUCAGAGUCGUGCAUCUGGAGCCAUUAAGGGUGAAAGUGCCCCACGCUCGCAAAGUCGUGCUGGCAACGCGCCAAAGGGAUCGCAUCCACCAGUAUCACGGAGUGCUACGCAAUUGAAGAUAGGAACUACUAGACCAUCGCUUGGGCCGCCUUCGACCUCACAAAAGAAGAACUCAGCAGGAAACCCACCUGCAUCAGCGCCAUUGGCUGAUGAUGGAUUUUUGUCUCGUAUGAUGAGACCUACGGCUUCUUCUGCCUCCAAAUCAACUGAUAAAUCCCCUCCACCACCAAAGCGGUCAUUAUCGAUAAAGCGACCAUCUAGCAGUCUUGGUCACUCCAAGGUUCAUGAUACCAAGACCGCCUCCCAUGCAAUCCAGAAGGUGACCAGACCUACCACAACUAAGGCGGCCGUCACAAAGUCAUCAGCUCCGGCUGCCAAAACUGGUGCCAAAACAGGGACAAAGAAGACAUCUGCAGAGUCACAAAGGCACGUAGCUAAGCCGGAAGAAACCAAGAUAGUAAAAGCACCAAAGGCAGAAAUUAUUUCCACGGAAUCAGUUGUUCCAUCAGCUGGAGAUGCAACAAAUGAAGAUACUAAGGAGAUCGAGGCUGAGCCAGUACAGGAAGAGGUAGUUGAAGAAACAAAAGCUACUGAGGCUCCAGCCGUUGAGACGGAAGAGAAAAUUGAAACUCCUGUCACUCAAACAGAGGUUCUCGUUGAAGAACCAAAGAAGGAAGCCGAGGUUUCAGAGCCUGCAGUAGUUGAUGUAGCCGCGGCAUCGCCAGUCAAGGAGGAAGCUGCAGAGGCAGUUGAGGAAGUAGUUGAGGAAGCAGCUAAAGAAGUAGUUGAAGAGCCUGAGGCAGAGAAGGAGGAGACUACAGAAGUUGUGCCUACCACCGAGGAAGCACAAAAGGUUAUUGCACCAAUCUCACCAGUCAUUGCAGCUAUGCCAGAAGAUGACGAGGAUCCUGAGGAUGCUGCCGCCAGGGCAGAAAUUGCCAGGAUCAACGCAGAGAUGAUGGCUGCUUUGAAUUCUAAUUAGAGGUCACUUGCAAAGAAAGACAUGAUGUGUUGGAGAGUUCUAUGGAUCGCUUGAUGUGGGAGUAUUAUGCAUUAGCCGGUGUUUUUACAUUCGUUGCGACUGUAGUAGCUUCAGCUUUGUUAAUAGCAGACAUUUUACGUGGGAUGGAUGGGUUAUUGCGCAGUAUCCUGCGAUAUCAAUUUGAGAAAUGAAAAUAUUAAUAUUGGCAAAUUAGUUGUUUUUUUUGGUGAAGAAUGUGAUUCAUAAUUAGUCCUCCGGCCUCCGGCACAAUGACUGAUGUAAUUCCGUA